CUCGGUGGCGCGCUCUGGCUUGUGCGCCCUGGGUUUUGCGCUCGCCUCGCAGGGCAGGCUGAGCAGCAGCAGCAGCAGGAGGAGGAGGAAGGAGGACGGGACGCCGGGCGAGCGGCACCACCAUGCGAGGCUCCUGGGCGCUGGGGCUGGCGUGGCUGGCGCUGCUGAGCGCAGCAACAGGUGGCACAAAACCUUCUAUUAUCCCUGCAGUAUCAACUUUGGUUGUGAACAGUGGGAAAGAAUUAAAGUUGUUGUGUAAUGAUGAUGGCCCGGUGACCUGGGAUUUUCAGAAUACGGACCCAUCAGGAAUGCCAAAGAGUUCAGAAAAGAAAGAGCUAUACAUACCUAAGGCAAGAGCCAGAGACACAGGAACAUAUAUAUGCAAAAACAGGGAGGGCUUGAACAGCUCCGUUUAUGUUUUUGUUAAAGACCCUGAGCACCUGUUCCUUUUCGAGUCCGUCGCCUUUGCGAAGGAAGACGACGAUGCCGUUAUUCCGUGCGCAGUGACCGAUCCAAAUGUUUCAAAUUUCACUUUGAGAGGAUGUUAUGGAAGGCCAUUGCCAGAAAAUAUGGUGAUAAUUCCAGAUCCUCGGAAAGGAAUCACAAUAAAAAACGUGCAGAGGUCGUUUCACGGCUGUUACUGGUGUGUGGCGCUGCAAAAUGGAGUUGAGAAAACGUCAGACGUGAUUUCUCUUGUUGUGAGAGCAGUACACAAAUCCCUUCCAGCCAUCACCUUAUCCAAAGCAAACCAGCUUCUUAAAGAAGGUGAAGAAUUUAAAGUUAUGUGUACAAUCAGCGAUGUAGAUAGCUCUCUGCAAGCUAAUUGGAUUUUUCAAGGCAAUGCGAAUGUUGCAAUGAAAAGCAAGAAUAUGGGUUAUUAUGGAUAUGAACAAAAAUUAACGUUGAGCAUCAGUUCAGUGGGAGUUAAUGAUUCUGGAGAGUUCCUGUGCCAAGCAAGGAACCCUUUUGGAACAUCCAAUGCUACUGUCACCUUAAAAGUACUAGGUAAAGGAUAUGUCAGUUUAUCAUCUACGACAAACACGACGGUAAAUGUCAAUGAUGGAGAAAAUCUGGAUUUAGUAGUGGUGUAUGAAGCAUAUCCAAAACCAGAAGAAGAAGUGUGGCUGUAUAUGAAUGAAACGCUGCAAAAUUCAUCUGACCAUUAUGUCCGCAUCAACAGUAUAGGCAAAAACAGAUACUCCAGCGAACUUCACCUUACUCGACUGAAGGGAACAGAAGGAGGUAUUUACACAUUUGUGGUGUCUAAUUCAGAUGCCACCUCAUCUGUUGCAUUUAACGUCUAUGUGAACACCAAACCAGAGAUACUGUCUUUGGACAGACUUAAUAAUGGCAUGUUCCACUGCGUAGCAUCUGGGUAUCCUGCACCGACAGUAGAGUGGUACUUUUGCCCCCCAUCUGAGCCAAGGUGUUCAGAUUCGGCCAAAAUGUUUCCAGUGGACAUGAAGCCCAAUUAUAGUGCUUCUUCCCUCUUUCCCUUUGGGAAGAUACUGGUGGAGAGCACCCUGGACGCCAGCCUCUUCAAGAACAAUGGCACCAUCAUAUGUGAAGCUUCCAAUGAUGUUGCCAGCAGCUCGACUUUUUUCAACUUUGCAAUCAAAGAGCAAAUCAGCACCCACACUCUUUUCACUCCCCUGUUAAUUGGCUUCGGGGUAGCAGCAGGAGUCAUGUGCAUCACCGUUAUGGUUCUCAUGUAUAAAUAUCUCCAGAAACCCAAGUAUGAAGUUCAGUGGAAAGUGGUUGAUGAAAUAAAUGGAAACAACUACGUUUACAUAGACCCCACGCAACUUCCGUACGACGACAAAUGGGAGUUCCCUAGAAACCGGCUAAGCUUUGGUAAAAUUCUUGGGGCUGGAGCUUUUGGGAAAGUUGUUGAAGCGACUGCGUAUGGUUUGUCCAAACCAGAUGGGGCAAUCAGAGUUGCUGUAAAAAUGCUCAAACCCAGUGCCCAUUUCACUGAAAAAGAAGCCUUGAUGUCAGAACUAAAAGUGUUAAGUUACCUUGGCAACCACAUUAACAUUGUGAAUCUGCUCGGAGCUUGCACUGUUGGAGGUCCCACUUUGGUCAUCACGGAAUACUGCUGCUAUGGUGACCUUUUGAAUUUUCUGAGGAGGAAACGUGACUCCUUUAUUUUCCCAAAGCAUGAAGAAACAGCUGUCUACAAGAACCUGCUUUAUCAAAAAGGACACAUGUGUGACAACAUCAAUGAAUAUAUGGACAUGAAGCCAGGAAUUCCUCAGAUCCUCCAUGCCAAAACAACUGCAAGACAUCCAGGGAGACCAGGAUCAUUUGCUAAUCAGGACGUCACUGUUGCCAUUUUGGAAGAUGAUGAGCUGGCUCUAGAUACUGAAGAUCUGAUAAGUUUUUCUUACCAAGUUGCGACAGGCAUGAGCUUCCUUGCCGCUAAAAAUUGCAUUCAUAGGGACCUAGCAGCAAGGAACAUCCUCCUCACUCACGGACGCAUAACAAAAAUUUGUGACUUUGGCCUGGCGAGAGAUAUCAGGAAUGACUCAAAUUACGUGGUAAAAGGAAAUGCCCGGCUUCCUGUGAAGUGGAUGGCGCCAGAAAGCAUUUUUGAUUGUGUGUAUACAUUUGAGAGCGAUGUCUGGUCCUAUGGAAUACUGCUUUGGGAACUCUUUUCGCUAGGAAGCAGCCCCUACCCUGGAAUGCCUGUGGAUUCCAAGUUCUAUAAAAGAAUUAAGGAAGGAUACAGAAUGUUCAGCCCAGAGUUUGCACCUGCUGAAAUGUAUGAGAUAAUGAAGAGUUGCUGGGAUGUGGAUCCUGUAAAGAGGCCAACCUUUAAGCAAAUUGUACAACUGAUUGAACAGCAGAUUUCAGAUACCGCAAACCAUACUUAUUCAAAUAUUACAAGUAACAUUUGCAGGCAAGGAAAUGACACAGAUCAUUCGGUGAGAAUUAACUCAGUGGGCAGCAGCGCUUCGUCCAAUCAGCCCCUGCUCAUGCAUGAGGAAGCUUGAAGACCGACUCUGCAACCCUGGAUGGGGAAUCCACUGUUACUUUCGGCAUUUUGACAGAAUGACUACUUGUUGUUCUCAUUUUAUAUACCGCUCUGCCAAGGCUAGAAGGAACACCACAGUAAUUUUCUUUCUCUCUGUUUUUCUUUCAAAUCACAUCCUGCUUAGAAGCAAAAGCAGAUUUACCAAUCAUAGUUAUAGUGUUGUUGCUGUGUUUGUUAGAAUCUGUGUAUAGUUGCUGUGUUAUAUGCAUUUGUAGUGUGGGGCCAGAUCUGGAAGGGGGAAAUAACCUUAAUAAAACUUUAUGUUGUGUUUAUGGGAUUUUUGAUGGAUUUUGAGAGCUCCGGAAGCAACUAGACAAGACAUGUGAGAUCCAUGAUGGGACUGAAUUUCCCAACAUCUUUGAUGUCCUGUAGAGGCAGUCACUGGGGGAUCCUGUGGAUUGGAGCCAAGGUGUGAGGAGAGGUGGGACUUAACUCCAGCACAUGUGCCAUUCCCCACUUGAAAUCCCCUCUCCCAGAUCUGUUAAGUUUCCCUACUGCUUUGCGUUUGUGCGUAAGAUUGGGAAACCAGCACACAGACGAAGGCUUCACCCUGUUCAUUGUUGUAAGCUCCCCCUUUCCCAUGGUUGCUUUUAAAUGCAAUUGAAGACGUAAUCACUGCUCUCUCAUGGCAAGUCUAGUUGGAUUCUUGAAAGCUGAUGUUUGUGUUUGGAAAUAAAUAAAUGCAACUAACUAAUUUCCCACAAAUUACCAUUACUUGCCAACUUUGAAAUGUGAGCGCAAGACAGUGUUCAAAGCAGAAUAAGCCAAGAGAAAUAGAGAGAUCCUUAAUGGUAUCUCAGUGUGAUAAUCAAAGAUGAUUAGCCACCUUGUAGGGGAGAUUAGAGAAUAUGGUUUGCCUGUGUACCAAUUCAGGUUUCAGUUUCUUUCGUUGUGGGCUGAACAGUUCGAGGUCAGCUCCCGUGUUGCCUUUCUUUUAUGCAGAGGUUUAAAAUCAUACACAACUACCUGCCCUAGCGCAUAUUUUCUGUUACCCACACUGGAAGCCAGUCUAUGAAUCAGUUUCCCAAAGCGUGCAAUGGGCCGUUUGUCAUUCCCAUCUGGAUCUACGUGUAAGAAAAUAACAUCUAGUUCUGGAAGAGACAAUGCGGAUAGUUGUAUUAAAAACAGACAAUCAUAUGUUCUUUAUACACGUACUUUGAUCAAAUAGACAAAGUGUCUCAUGAUAUAAGCUACAUUCCUCCCAAAGAACAGACUUGUUUUUCACUUGUUUGUUUCCUAAACCAGUCUAAUUGUUCUCUGGUUCUCCCAGAAGCAUCUCUUGCAUACGUUUCCCUGCUCAGCUGUCACAGUUUUUUUAGACUGGGCCCCACAUGCCGCAUCCUGACUAGAGCCUCUUCCCUUGUAACAUUGCAUACUGCAGGGAGGGCAACACUGUGAAAAAAACGGAGUGUUUGAAAUUUGUGCAUGUUCAUGUCAUAGCCGAGUGGAAUAUUGGCAAGCAUGUGGAGAUAGGAAUGUUGCAUCUUUGUUGUAGUUGUGUUGUUUUAAAAGACAUCUUUGCUAGCCCUCAAUAAGAGAAAGGUGCUGGAAAGUCCUAAAGAUCCUUUUAUUUUCUAAACGAUUCAUUUGUUUGUCCUAUUUUUCAUCAGUGAGAAACAGGAGGUGUUGGGGUGAUUCACUGAAGUAUCUGUUCCAUUUGCAUUGCACGCAUGAGCAUUUUAGUGCCUGAUUGCUUAGCCUUAACAUGCCAGCUUCUUUCAUUGAGUUUGCAUUUGCUUGUUAGAAGUAAUUAUGUGCUCAAACACCGAUGCUGUUCAAAAUGUACAGAUUGCCAGAGCUCUCCCCAAGUUACACUGGAUUUGCUGUAUAUCUGAUCUUUAGCUAUUCUUUUUUCCCCCCUUCCAUGUUGAUAGCAACAGAAAUUUAUUAGCCAGUUUUUUUAAAAGUAGACUCUUGCACUGGAAUUAUUUAUGCUGUGGCACCUUUUCCAAAGUUUGUGGGGUUUGAGGCGAACAGUCGGCUCCAACCCCACAUACGAGGAGGGUCCCCAUUCUCUUCUGUGAAGGGAAAUGUUGUAUACCUGUACUAUGUUUUCUUAUUGCACAAUACAAAUCAUCCCUCCUCUAAGAAUGGGGAAGCCCCUCCACAUGCUGAGCAUCAUGUGCGCAUCAGACUCUCUGCAUGCACACCAAAGCCACUGGAUUGACAUCCUCCACUCCAGCUGUUAUCAUAAAAAACAUUUCUUGGCUUUUGUAGAUUAAAUUGUAAUAAUUGUAGACACAGCGGUACUUCAUGGGCACUUGGAUGAAAGUUUUUUUUUUCUUUUAAUAUUCUCAAAAGUUAUAUUUUUAUAAUUUUUGGUUCAAAAGUUAGCUUUGCAGUAGCUUGAUAUUUUCAGAUCAUUUUAUUGUUCAUAUUGUUUUAUUGUUCCUGUAAAUGCUGAGAUGUAGCAAUAAUGUCCUCUGAACUCCUUUUGGUUCUUGAGUCUUAAAAGAUAUUUUUAUAAAUAUAUAUAUAUAUAUAUAUAUAUGUGCAGCGACUGCAUGUAUAAAUAUGUGGAUGUUUGAAAGUGCAUUGUUGGGAAGACUGAAUAAAAGUGUAAAUAUUCA